ACUUUUCUCUUAUCCAGCAUUUAUCAAUCCACCAGAGUCUCCUUGAUUGAUAAAAUGAUAAGAGUACCCAUAUAGACUGUUUUCAGCUCGGAAAAUUAAAAAGGUUUUAUUCAAAGUUUCCUGGUGAUAAUGGAAGCCUUCAAGUAGACAAUUUAAUUUUGAACAAAUAAUUAAAAGGUCGUAAAAUUUUUGAAUGCAAAAAAUACUUAUAUAAAUAGUAGUGUGACAGUCUCAGUAGUCAUUCAUUCAAUAAGCCUGGAUAGGAACAGGAUAUAUCUCAAGCAUUAACUCCAUAUUUGACAUUUCUUGUAGCUGUACAAUAUGUUUCAGGUGGGGAAGUGCAUUUGUUUGAUCCUGUUAUUUUCAUCAACUCAAGUUUAUGGAAAAGGCUACAUCGUUAAGUCAAUAAGUAAAACAUUGUUUGAAUGGGCUCACUCCCCUUACUGGGAUGCAACCAGCCAAUCACUGUACUUUGCAGACAUCAAUGGGGGCACAGUCAGCUGUUAUCAGCCCUCCACUAAGAAGACUAAUACUGCCAAAGUCGAUCAACAAAAUGGCACAUGCAGCGUGAUUAUACCAAUCAAAGGGCAGAAGGACACAUUUGUAGUCGGUGUGAACAGCAGUGUGGCCAACAUAACAUGGGACAGUAAAAGCAGCAGCACUAGUAAACCAGCCAUCAUUACAGAGCUCACUCAAAAUAAGACGAUCAAAACUCAUACAGGAAAAGCUGACCCUAUGGGACGGUUCUGGAUUGGAACACAAGGACCAUUCCACGUAGAUUCAGCGGGUCAGGAACAGCCUGAUUUCGUGAACUCUGGCAAUGAGUACUUGAUAACAGCCGAAGGCAAAGCGAUCAUCAAAAUUCCAGGUGUUUCAGUUCCUGAUGGUCUUGCUUGGAACGCUAAUAAAACCAAGCUGUACUUCGUUGACUGUUUUGGGAAGAAAAUUUAUGUUUAUAAUUAUGAUAACCAGUCUGGUGAUAUUUCAAACAAGAAACUCGUUUUUGAUACAAAAGCGAACAACAUUUCCGGUUACCCAGCUGGCAUGACAAUUGAUACUGAGGGAAAAUUGUGGGUGGCACAGUUCUUCGGUGGCGCGGUGAUAAGAGUUGAUCCAGACACCGGGAAACUUCUUAAAACAGUUGAAAUUCCGGCAAAAGAAGCAACAAGCUGUGCUUUUGGUGGCAAGAAUCUCGACAUUUUGUACGUGACAUCGGCCCGAAUUUUUCAGGACGUCUCUCCUCCAACCAAGUACAGUGGACGUGUUUAUUCUGUGAAAGGAUUGAAGAGCGGAGGCAAGAGAGUCACUGGUUAUCCUGGACAACCAAUUAUUGCUAUCUAAUGCCUGUAACUGUGUUAAUGACUGAGGAAUCUUAUCAUUUGUUGAAAGUAUAAAUGACGACGCUUCACUGUUUGAACUAACGUACGGUAAAACUGACUGAACAAUUCUGACUAGACUGACAGACACAUUAGUCGUUUCAACUGUAAAAUGAACAAACUAUUUAGAACCGUACAUUCCAAGAUAUGUAAGUUUUUGUGACUAUGAUAUAGUUGAAUACUACACUGUUUUUGAAGCUAGUGGGCUCUACUGAAUAAAUCGAAUAAAAUUUGA